GUGUUUCGCUUUCCUCAUUCACACGUUGCGCUUUACAACCGUAUUCAGUCUACGUGUAAACCUUCCUAGCAAAACAACCUGUGUAGCCUCAUUCCCAACUCGCACCAACUGUAUUCAUUUCUCAUUUUGUAUAAACUCAUUUAGACAAUUAUUUCUGGACCAUGACUAUCACAGAGGUUGUACAGUGUUCUGUGAUGAGCGUUUUGUGUUUCUCUGGUUACGCGUUAACACAGGAGUUAAACGUUACCAACGUCACUGGUACAACUGAGAGCUUGUCCGACAAUACAACAGAGGUGGCAAGAAACAUAUCGUCGAUCUGUACGCUACCGUCUCCAUUUCCAAUUGAAGGAGGGAUUUUCUUUACACUUGGCGUGUCCUUUUUCCUGCCACUUGCGUUGUUUGCUGCAAUGGCGCUGUUCAUGUGGACAUUAUAUAAAUGCGAUGUCAGUAUUCCCUGCAUGACAAGACAUGAACGUCGUGGAGGUAUAUCAGAGCAAGAGAUGGAACCUUUAAAUACCAUUCAUCCGCCAUCGUCUAUUGAAGAUGGAAGCGGUCAGGUAGCUUAGAGGUUAAAGCGUUCGCUCGUCAAGCCGAAGGGCCAGGUUCGAUUCCCGACAUGG